AUGUCCUCAGCGGACACCCAUCCCCAGAUGGAAGUGCUCAGCGACCACUCCCGCUUUGAGUCUACAAUCAUUUACCACUCGGCCAUUGCCGCGGCGACCAACAGCGUUCUCGCGAACCAGCUCGACACGGACACGCUUACUCCGGGCAUGGCGAGCAUGAUCUUGGAUCAAAAUGAGCGCCUCAUUGCUCUUCUGUCCGACCUUGUGGAACGCAAGGACGCGGCUGACAGAGUCGAGAGGGAGCGCCGGCAGAGGGACAAGGACAACAAGGGAAAGAGGGGUUCAGUGCGCUUUGUCGAUCCCAGGCCUGUUUCCAUGCCUCUCCCUCAGUCUCUGUCUGUGACUGCCGCAUCGCCCAAGGCACAACAACGUCGCCAGCACCGUGUGGGGUCGUUUUACCGUCGUAUGGUGGACCGCGUCACUGUCAAGUUCCACAAACACAAGGGCAAGACGCUCAAGAGAGAGGCGGGCAAGGACAGGGCUGCGUCUACCUUGGACAAGGAGGACUUUCUCCGCUGGUGA